AUGACAGCGUACUCUGCAUUCUUUUCUUCUGGUCUUCUUGCUCCUCGUCACAUCUUCACGGCCAACCUCAAUGUCAACUCCUUUAUAGACUCACCCUCUUCACCUCUCUUUGACGAUGCCAGUGACAUCGAGGUCGACGACGGCCGAGGUCAUACGCUGGUAACGGAGACGACUGCUACCACCAAUUCAGCCUUACGACCACGCCUUCGCAAGCGUCGGUCGAGUCUGAGCAUCGGAACGUCCAUCAAUGCUCUCAAGUCGCCUUCGCGUAAUGCGAGCACCGCCUUACAGUUCCAAAUCCACCUACAGGCGUCACCCUCACGUUCCAGGAGUGGUAGUCUUAGCUCAGUCAUGGGCACUCUGGUAGAGAACCAAUUCCAGCCCAACGUUGCCAGUGAAGGGACGAGCCUUGUAGGGCGAAUGAGGAGCGGCAGCGUCGGUACUUCUCUUCGACCUGUACGAAGGACGCAACCGCCCGCUCCCUCCUUGCCUCCACCCACUGCUCCUUUACCCGAACUACCGCCCUGUGCAACUGACAAGCCCAAAAAUACAUGGCCUUCACACAGACCAUUCUCUCCUGAUCAUGCGAGGCAGCCGCUUGUGCAGAGCCUCCAGCCAACCUGUGCAACUCAGCCGCAGCCCUUCCGCGGGGAGCUCAGAGGGGCUAUCGAUGAGGAGAUGAAAGAAAAUUAG